AUCCAUUAAAUAUUAGUCAACAUUUGCAUAUAUAAUUAUCAAAUUCGAAACUUGUUCCUCUAUUUUUUAUUCUCAUUACUUUGAUCAGGUCUAAUAUACACUUUGUUUAGCCAAUAUAUACAAGGCAAUUUCUGCAAAUUCUAGGUAACAAGAACAUCAAUAUAGCCAGCUUCAUAACAUGAAAGUAUUUUCAGUAUUAAUCUUCUUCCUUCUAGCUACAACGUCCCAUGGUAGCCAGGUUUUUUCAGAUGGGUCAUGCCUGAGUUGGCGAUUUGCUGUGGAAACUAAUAAUAUUAAAGGAUGGCAAACAGUUCCUAAUGAAUGUGGAGAGUACAUGGGGAAUUACAUGUUAGGCCAUCAGUACAGGAAAGACUCCAAAGCCGUCACUGAUGAAGCUUGGCGCUAUGUUAAGAGCCUGAAACUACCCAGCGACGGCCGAAACAUAUGGGUUUUUGACAUAGAUGAGACCUCGCUCUCAAAUUUGCCUUUUUUUGCCCAGCAUGGAUUCGGGACAAAGCCGAUUAACAUCACGACGGCAUACGAAUGGGUCAACAAAGCCAAAGCACCAGCGUUGCCGGAGAGUCUUGAGCUAUACAGAAAGUUAUUGUCUCUUGGGAUUAAAGUUGUGUUUCUGACAGGAAGAGAUGAAGAGUUCAGGAAUGUCACUGCAACCAACCUAAAGAAUGUUGGAUACCACACUUGGGAGCAACUUAUCCUCAGGGCAUCAUCUUAUCCGGCAAAUGCAACAGUUCAAUUAUACAAACCAAAUGAAAGAAGAAAGCUUGAGGAGAUUAACAGGUGGAUUUUAAGCCGAUUUGGUCGAAGCAUCUGAUAAUUCCUCAAUUUUCAUAUAUUAACUGAAUAUUAAGAAAAUCCUUUACCACCACGUGUUCGCUUUAGUUUCCCCUUAAACGAAGGCCAAACGUGAACGGCACUCAUUCAAUCAUGUUUCAAUGUACGGCCAAGAUUACAUCACAACGCUUCACCACCAUCAUCACUCAUAAUCCUUUACUGGACCCCACCAAAGACACA